AUGGAAAAAAUGGAUUCACUAGUGGAACCACAAAUUCAAGCUAUUCCAAACACCACUAAGAUUUUCCAAAUUCUUUGGUCUCAACAAAACGAAAAAAGUCUCUUUUUAAAUUAUUUAACUUGUUCGUAUUGUGUGAAUAAUGGCCUUUAUAGUCAUCCAUGUUGCCAUUUUUCUUUAACUCCAAAUAGUUGCUCUUUUGAGGAAAAGAAAAAGACUCCUGCUACUGCUGCUUCUAACAGACGAAAAGUUAAUAAACAAAAAACUCUUGCAACUGAUACGACUCCUGCUACUCCUGAUUCUCCUUCUACUGCUGCUUCUAACAGAAGAAUAGUUAAUAAACCAAAAAAUCCUGUGACUCCUGCUUCUAACAGAAGAAAAGCUAAUAAACAAAAAACUUUUGCGAUUGAUGACACUCCUGCUACACCUGAUGCUCCUGCGACACCUGCUUCUAACAGAAAAAAAGUUAACAAACGAAAUAAUCCUACGUAUCCUACUAUUGCAGCGACUCCUGCUUCUCCUGAUACUCCUACGACUUCUGCGUCACCUGAUGCUCCUGCGACUCCUGCUUCUAACAGAAAAACAGUUAACAAACGAAAUAAUCCUGCUGCGACUCCUGUUGCUCUUGCGACUCCUGCUGCUAACAGAAAUAAAGUUAACAAACGAAAUAAUCCUGCUGCGCCUCCUGCGACUCCUUCUUCUAAGAGAAAAAAAGUUAACAAACGAAGUAAUCCUACGUAUACUACUAUUGCUGCGACUCCUGCUUCUCCUGAUGCUCCUACGACUCCUGCUACUCCUGAUGCUCCCUCGACUCCUGCUCCUACGACUUUUGCGUCUCCUGAUGCUCCUGCGACUCCUUCUUCUAAGAGAAAAAAAGUUAACAAACGAAGUAAUCCUACGUAUACUACUAUUGCUGCGACUCCUGCUUCUCCUGAUGCUCCUACGACUCAUGCUACUCCUGAUGCUCCUUCGACUCCUGCUCCUACGACUUUUUCGUCUCCUGCUGCUAACAGAAAUAAAGUUAACAAACGAAAUAAUCCUGCGUCUACUGAUACUGCUGCGACUCUUGCUUCUCCUGAUGCUCCUACGACUUUUGCGUCUCCUGAUGCUCCUGCGACUCCUGCUGCUAACAGAAAUAAAGUUAAGAAACAAAAUAAUCCUGCUGCGACUCCUGAUGCUCCUGCGACUCCUUCUUCUAACAGAAAAAAAGUUCACAAACGAAGUAAUCCAACGUAUCCUACUAUUGCUGCGACUCCUGCUUCUCCUGAUGCUCCUACGACUCCUGCUACUCCUGAUGCUUCCUCGACUCCUGCUUCUAACAGAAAAAAAGUUAACAAACGAAAUAAUCCUGCGUAUCCUACUAUUGCUGCAACUCCUGAUGCUCCCACGACUUCUGCGUCUCCUGGUGCUCCUGCAACUCCUGCUUCUAACAGAAAAAAAGUUAACAAACUAAAAAACCCUGCUACUCCUGCUUCUAAAAGAAGACAAGUUUAA